UGCUGAGGAUAUGCCCAUCUCCCUGAGGAAGACCCUGGACGCUAUGUCAGACAUUCUGGGAAAGCUGCUAAUUGUGGGCACGAGCGAUCCAGACCCUGAUGUCCGCCAGUGCGUGUUUAACUGCCUGGACUUCCAUUUUGACAAUUACGUGGCCCAGUCAAAUCAUCUCAGUUCGCUGUUUGUGGCUCUGAAUGAUGAGGUCUUCGCAAUUCGAUGUCUCGUAAUGCAAUGCCUUGGCCGUCUUUCGGAGAUCAAUCCGGCCUGUGUACAGCCCACUCUCCGCAAGGCCCUGCUCGGGCCCACUUUUGCCGUACCAAGUUUGAAUUCCUCUGUACGAAUAGUGCUUCCUGAGGCCUUUGCUUUUAAUUUGUCCAUGUCUGGUCAUCCCUUUUUUCAGCUGCUGAUUGAUCUAUCUGACAGCGGUUCCAGUCGCAACAAGGAAGAGUCCGCCAGUUUGUUGGCCAUCCUCGUUGCGACAUCACCUCGUUUCGUAGCU